GACCGCCAAACCAAUCAACCAACGACCAACCGCGCUAGGCGCUAGGCGCUCGCCGCUCUGUCGUCUCGCCCGGCCUCGCCCUCCGCCUAAAUCUUAGGCGCGCGCCGGCGCGCGGCUCCGCACAGACGACAGCACACGGCCAUUUCCGCUCGUGCCUCAAGCCCUCAACUACCACCGCCGGCCGCCGGCCGAUGCGCGUGUCUGCAGGGGGGCGAAUGGUGACUGAACCUGAGCUAGCUAGUCAGCUUGCUGUCCCGACUCCCCCCAACUCCAGAUGGAUCCUGUGCCUUUUCUCCUCUCGCGUACUGUAUUAUAUAUGCCUGCAGGCCGUGCUUCGGGGGACGACGACCCCGUUCCCAUCAGGCAUCAGCUGAGCUGAGCUGAGCUGGUCCAUGGAGAGGGAUUACUCGUCCACGGACGGCGGGGGCUGCGAGAUGCCCGGGAAGAAGGCGAGGAAGCCCUACACCAUCACCAAGCCCCGCGAGCGGUGGAGCACCGAGGAGCACGCCCGCUUCGUCGACGCGCUGCUCAUGUUUGGACGCGACUGGAAGAAGAUCGAGGAGCAUGUCGGCACCAAGACGACAGUCCAGAUACGGAGCCACGCGCAGAAGUACUUCCUCAAGGUCCAGAAGCUUGGGCUGGCCGCCGGGCUGCCGCCGAUGUACCCGAGGCGCCACUUCGCCAUACAGCAGCAGAGCUCGGUGGCCGGUGGUAGCAGCGCGGCCGCCAUGCCGCUGCUGCACGGCCGGCAACCUACUUGCGCGCCGGUCGGCAUGCCAGGUCUGGCCGAGCCCGACGCCGUCGCCCAUCACGGUUCCAUCGGCUGGAGCAGCCCGAGUGUCGUCGUCCCCGCGGCCAGCAGCGGCGGCGGCAAGUACCUUCUUUUCUGUGUGUCAAGUCCAAGUGUCAACUCUGCAUUUUUUUUCCGGAACUCAUAUUUCUAUUUUCCAGGGAUGCAAGGCUUGGACUUGGAGUGGGCACGCGCUUCGGUUACAGGGGCAGCAGCAGCGGCAUUCGCCGCCGGUAAUUUUGCCUGGCGACGGAUCUCGAUUCCGGCAGCCAAAACCUUGGUGGAGAAAAUAACCGAGUUGGUUCGUGCUGGUUCAGGUGGCAACCGCUUCAUCGGGGCGCCGAGCUUGAGCGGCACCAGCAUAGACUGGGCUGGCGGCGGUGGCGGCGGCGGCGGCAGCGCAAGUGAAGCGUCGGCGAUGGGCGUCGUGGAGGACCAACAGCAGAUCGAGCUCCCGUUGUCACCCGAGGACAUGCCGUUUGCGCAUGUGUACAGGUUCGUCGGCGACAUGUUCGACGCGGACGCGCCGGUCCCGGUGGAAGCCCACCUGCAGAAGCUGAAGGAGAUGGACGACAUCACAGCCAAGACAGUCCUGCUGGUGCUGCUGAACCUCGAGAACAACCUGUUGGCGCCCCAGUUCGAGCCUGUGAGAAGGCUGCUGUCGACGUAUGAUCCGACAAGAGCCCUGUCUGGCCAGUUGUAGAGCGCAAACACCUUGAGACAAGCUGGCAAGUGGGAGCUGCAGCCUGCAGCUAACACGCACGGAUGGACGGACGUUUUUUUCCUCCAGUUGUUUGUUCGACAAACAAGGCACGAGGAGGCUGAAACGGAGCAGAAUAGAUGGGUUAGACAGACACCGAUGUGCCUGGUUUUUCUGGAUGACAGACUAUAUAUAUAGCAGAGCAGGCCUUAACAAAUUCUUUUGCCGUAUCUAGAUAAAAGCCUAAUUAAUCCAUAAAGAAUACUUACGUUUACCAAUUACUCCCAUGUACCGAUUGUUAAGGAGUGGAGUAGUACACACGUCCUUCUAGCGUCUUUUCUUUCUGUUUCUUCUUCUUUUUUAGGUAAAAUUCGUGUUGUCUGUUCAGAUGGAACCUACGAGAUUAUCCGAUACAAGCAAGGUGUGUGUGUCUGGUCA